CCGCCACAACGAUUCAGAUUCAAAAGUUAAAGCAAGCAUCAUGGUUGAACAGAAUAAAGAGAACAAAGAGGAGGCUCCGACAGACUUUCAUCCCUCCCCUGUGUGGCUGAACGAGUCCUAUCUGGAGUCUUUGCUACAGAGCAAGAAGAAGGAUGCAGGACUGAGAAUCACCCAACUGGACAUCAAGCCAGCCACAGCCAAGGGGGAGAACUAUGCGAGUGUCAUGACCCGAGUGAAAGUGACCUACGUCAAGAGCGGCGCCAAGACUCCCGAGGAAGGAUACUACAUUGUGAAGACAACCUACGAGAACGAUCCUGUCAUAUCCAGCAUCUUUUCCGGCUACCAGGCCAGCACGACAGAGAUGCUGAUGUACGAAAAAGUCCUGCCCAAGUUGAGUGACCUCAUCGAUGGUACACAGGAGCCCGAGAAGCUGUUUGCCCAGACCUUGCACGUGGACUAUGAGCACGAUGCGAUCAUCUUCGAGGAUCUGGCUGUGUCCAAGCAUGUACUGGCCGAUCGGUUGGCGGGCUUUGACCUGGAACACACGCACAUGGCUCUCCGAAAGCUGGCCAAGAUGCAUGCCGCCGCCGCUGUCCUCAACGAACGACAACCGGGGGUCCUGACAAAAUUGGAUCAUGGCAUCUUCAAUCGUCACACAGAGGGCUUUGCUCCUUUCUUUCAAAACAUGAUGAUAAUGGGGGCAGAGUUCGCCGACAAGUGUCCGGAACUGGGCAGCUACUAUGGCAACAAGCUGAGGGCCUUGGUCAAGCGUCUGAUGGAGUACUCAACGCGGGUGUACGAUCCCCAGCCAGAUGAGUUCAACACGCUGGUGCACGGCGACUUUUGGGUGAACAAUGUGAUGCUACGAUAUGGCGAGAAAAAGGAACCCCUGGACAUGAUCCUCAUCGACUUUCAGUUCUCCAGUUGGUCUUCGCCGGCCGUUGAUCUGCAUUACUUAUUCAACACCUCUCUGCAGAAUAAAAUACGCUUCCACCAGCAGGAUGCGUUGAUUCAGUUCUAUCAUAAGGUGCUAGUGGACACCCUGAAGGAUCUGAAAUAUGGUGGCUAUAUACCCUCGCUCAGGCAGCUUGUCCUGCAGCUGGAAAAGGGGAAAUUCAUUGCCGUCAGUGUGUCUUUCGCCUGCCAGGCUGUAAUGGUAAAUGAUCAGACAGACGAUGCGGACUUCAAUGCCCUGAUCCAGGACGAUGAGCGAGGACGCAACUUCAGGCGGGUGGUCUACAGCAAUAAGAAGCUCCAGGAGAUAGUAAAGAAUUUGCUGCCCGCCUUUGAUCGUAUCGGUCUUCUGGACGUCACCGACUAAGAGACUCGAGACUUAUGUGUUAUAUGUAUUGUAAACCAAAUGAAAUAUAAAAUAAUUACUAUUUACUUUCCCCCUAA